AUGACGAGGAGUGCAGAAGGUCGUGGGAGCGAGCGGCGCAGCGACGAUACGUUCGACUUCUUGCGUCGGCUGUCAAUCGCAGACGCGAAGGUUCUUCUGGAUAAGACAAGGGAAGAGAAGGAAAAGAAGAAGGAAGAGAUGCAGAAGAUGAUUGGUGGACGAUACCGCGACCUCAUUGAGUCAGCGGACGAAAUCGUGGCCAUGCACUCGGCUGCGAUGCGUCUCGAGGUGUCGCUCAAGGAGAUGCCCGAGAUGUGGCAGCAGAUGGAAGCGGCACUGACAAAUGCAUUGGAUAUGGAAAACUAUCCGGAAUGUGCAAAUAUGACGGAUGCUGCACAUGUCACACGGAAAGAGGGAGAUUAUAUAAAGGAAGCUAGUGAUGUAGACCAAGUAGCGUUCUUGGUGGAAGUCACGGAAAAGAUGUGGCGACUUUUGGAUGAAGGGAAGUCGUUAGAAGUGCUGGAGCUGUACGAGAAGGCGGAGAGGAUCCACGAUGAAUGGGUGGCAAAUGGGACUGCAGAGAGAGAGUUUCCAUUUUUGCAGUCGCAGUGGGCGUGCGUCCAGUGCUUUCGGCCGAGGAUACUGGCAUAUGCAAAUAGCUAUCUGACUUGUCGAGGAAAGAAUAGCCAAUUUUAUGCGGACAGUUUGAGCACGCUGGCGGUGCUGACGAAUCCACGCAUUAGUGCUGAGAAAAUCGUCGAGAUGUUUUUUGAGAGUCGCUCAACAUGGUUGACGUCUGUUUACAAAAGACAUCACGACAAAUGGUUUGCGCUGACGCCUUCUCAGAAAGAGCGCACAUUAGUGGUCAUUUUAAAAAGUACUAGCUGGACAAUUAUACAAACGGAGGAGAUUUUCUGCGAGAAGACCGGGUUAUUGACGUCGACAUCUCUGCUUCCACGGAGCUUUAAGGGUGACCUUGAGGCAUGCAUAUCGUCGGGAAAAUUGCUGGAAAUGCUAAGCAGGUGGUUUCAGCAGAAUCAACAGCAGAUACGCGAGGUUGUAUCGGCGAUUAUUUCGAGUAUCGAUUCGAUGACGUCACUGUCUCAAGUUCGGUCUAAACUUGUCGUAGUCAACAAAACUUGCGGGAGUUGUCAAAAUGCGACAGUUUGGCAACAGCUCUGCAGCGGAGCUCGCGCUGACCAACCUGGAAGUGUGGAUAAGCACGUAGAACCACCUGUCGAGUCUGUCUUCUCUGUUCUUUACGCUGAGGCAUUCCGAAAACGUACGCGCGAUCUGGUACAAAACUCGUUUGUCGAAGCUCUGGAAGCAAUCAAAAGUCAGUUUCGCGCGCACUUGCAUGAAACGGUGGCUGGCGUUUCUCUGGCUGAUUUACCGCUGGGAAAUAUAAAAUUCUACGACCACUUUGAGAAGAUUCAGAAAAAGUGUGCCGAUAUAGAUGCAAGUGAACUUCAAAGCGUACUGACGGAAGAAUUUUUUCGCACGUUAUUAAAACUGGUCGUCUUCGUUGAGCAAGAGUAUCCAAUUCCUGGGAACUGCAAUCACGCUUGCGUGAAAAGUGAAACGCAACUGUCAAGCAUCCACCUUAACAUUUCCAACAUAUUUGCUGGGAUUGUGGCUGAGUUCCCUCAUCGAAUAAACAACUUGCUCCCUGGACAUUCAAGCGCAGUUUCGAUUCCAGAAAAGGACCCUGCAUCCUCAAUCAUUGGCCAAACAUUUGAAAAGUAUGCUGUCAAUGGUUUCGUGGAGAGUGCGUAUCUAAGGUCUGCACUAAAGGAAAUUAUCGAGGGUGACGAAAAGAUGUUGCAAGUAUGUUUUAUUGACGACGUUUUGGGGCAAGCGGGUAGCUUAGGGUGGCAUUCGUUUUGUUUGGUGGCGGAGCUGAAGCAACAAGCAUCAUAUUCACAAGCGUUUAUCAACGUGAUGCACGGACUUUCCGCGAAGUAUUGUGAGGCGUGGGCCGACAUUCUCCUCGAGCAGAAAAUUGAGCCAUUGCGUGAAUUGAUGCAUGCUGAGCAGUACAAAUCAACUAACGAGGAAUGGAUUGCCGCCCACGAAGGAUGGGUGGAACAAGAGAUUUGUGACGAAGAUCUUGGAGGAGGUGCCGCUGAUUCAUCUUCUGAGUCUGAAAUAGCUCUUGGAGCCGAGAAAGUCUGGUUGCCAUGGUGUGAAACGCCGACAGUGUCGAGCUUCUUGUUUUCGUGUUGCUACAGCUUAGAUAACGCGAACCGGUUGAUCCAGAGCCCUGGCAGCGCAAAAGCCGCGCAGAUGAAGCUGAUGCAGCACACAAUGCGUGAUGUUUUGGUGGACCGACUUACUGUUGUCAUCGUUACCGCGUAUGAUGCUGCGGUUUCUCUUCUCGUCGAAGCAAAGACAAGUCAAAAAGACUCGGUGUUGAACUUUGGUGAGUGCUGCAUUCAGCAGUUCUUGUUCGACAUGUACUUCGUACGCGCGACGUUGGGCUUUUCCGAUUUUAUCCGUUUUGGGUGGGGCGAUGAGCUCGACACGAAGAAAUGCUCACCUGGGCUGCUGAAGCUGAAGGCUUUGUUCGAGCGAAUGCGAGAGUUCAUAGACCCGGUGGAUUGGGAGAUAUACGGCCCUCAACUGAUUGGGAACGUCGUGCUACAAUUUCGAAAAAGCCGAUUGCUCUUUUCGUCACUGUCAGAGUCGAAUGACAUCAACAAGAUCAAUGGCAAAGAAAUCGUCAUCGUGGCUCAUGAGACUAGACCGCUAGCUCGAAUCGCAGAGCCUGUCGCUAGGUUUUCGUUGCUUCCUGUUCCUUUAAAUCGCCGCAAAUUUAGGUGCUGCGUGUCGCCUCCAAGUGAGGACGGCGUAGAGAAACGAAGUCGAGCAAGCAGCACUUCCCUCUUUCACGAACGGGCGGCUGAGGAUGAUGGGUCUAGUUUUCAGCCUACGGCGUCGAAGCUACAGAAUCUGCUGUCAUCAUCGACCAGCUCAAACAUUUUGUCUGCUGCGACAUCAGGCACCAACUUGCUUUCGUCCGCAGCAAAAGGCAUCGGGUUUCUGUCUUCUGCAACGCACAGUCGUUACUUUUAA